AUCUAUCACACACUCUCGUGAACAAUCUCCUUUUUUCUCACGUGUAGGACUUUCUGCAGACUUUAUGGUGAAAAAGUUGCAAGUUUUCAGAUUUUAGACGUUGAGGAGGGGCAUUACUGUCAGUCACACUCACUCGAGGGAUCACACAAAGAUGUGUGCAGCGUAAUUCCUGUUUGGUCUGGAGAAGCGUGUGAGAGGUUGACUGGAGAUCCCGAUUAAGAAGAUCGUCAAGACAAAGUCUUUGCAGAAUCUCAUAAGCCAUGAAGCUGGUCCUGGCUUUGCUGCUCACCCUCUCCAGCAAUGUCCUGUCUUUGGACAAACUCAACAUGUGCAUGGAUGGAAAACAUAACAAAGUAGAGCCUGGUCCCGAAGGACAACUGUACAGUCAGUGUUCUCCGUGGCGUGAAAACGCAUGCUGCACUGCAAACACCAGUGAAGAAGCCCACAAUGACAACUCCUACCUCUACAACUUCAACUGGAAUCAUUGUGGCGUGAUGAGCGAGGCGUGCAAAAAACAUUUUGUUCAGGACACGUGCUUCUACGAGUGUUCGCCACAUCUAGGGCCGUGGAUACAAGAAGCAGAUGAGAGUUGGCGCAAGGAGCGUAUCAUAGAUGUACCUCUCUGUAAGGAAGAUUGCGAAAGCUGGUGGUCAGACUGCAAGAACGAGUUGACCUGCAAGACGAAUUGGCACAAGGGAUGGGACUGGAGCUCAGGUACAAACAAGUGCCCUGAAGGCAGCAAAUGCAGUAAAUGGACGGACAUGUUUCCGACACCUCAAUCCAUGUGUGAACAAAUCUGGUCCAAUUCAUACGUUUACACCACUUACACCAAAUCCUCCGGCCGCUGCAUGCAGCUCUGGUUCACUGGAGCGAAUCCCAACAAAAAGGUGGCAGAGUAUUAUCUGAACAACUCCAAGGAGAGCCAGAGAUUUUCCCCAACGACGCUGCUCUUUCUGACUCUCACGGCUUUGUCUGGAAUGAACUACUAAAAAAUGUUAUCUGGCCUCUCCUGUAUCACCUUGAGCAAAACAAAUAAAGUGGUUUGGAAAGCUUUU